UAAAAUGUUAGUAAAUUUAAAAGUCUACGCAUAAGAAUGUGCCUUGGUGUAGAAACAAUCAUUAGUCGUUAUCAUUACAUGUUCUUAGUCAUUAAUUUUUUUAAAAUAGAAAAGGACAGAGAUGUGAACAUGGUGAUGUGUUUGAAUUUUUUAGUGGACACCCAUUUGUGAUUUUAUACUGUAUGUACUGGAACAGCUAAUUACUUCCUCGUCACCACGAGGAACGUGUCUUGAUCAAACCAAAUUGUACCGGUUUCAUUACGGAUCGAUCCGGUCUGUUUUCUGGCUCUUGAUUUGAUAUGAAAUAUAGUUUUAGUUGUGGUUUAGUUUCGUUACUUCGUUUCUUUGAUUUUAAUAAAAUCACUAGAUUUUGACCCGCCCUUCAGUACGGCGGGUAUAUUUUUUUGAGAAAUUUAAAUUUUAUAUUUGUGUAAUAUGAAUUUUAUUUAAUAUAUUUUUGAUAACUAUAUUAUAUAUGUCAAGUUGCAUAACUAUACAUUCGUGUCAUAUGCAUUUCAUAAAUUGUUUUUAAACUUUAUUCUUAAAAAUUGCAACAUAUUAUAUUUUCUUAUUAGUUACCUAACAUAAUUAGUCAAGAAUAUUCGUAUUCAAAAAAUUUGACUCAGAAUCGACUUGAAAAUCAAGUCUUAUAUUCUAUUGAACAUAGCCUAUGUACUCGAACAAUUCUUAAAAUGUUAUAUCUGAAAACCAAUAUCAAAUCCAAGCCGCACCGAAGACCGAACAAAUUUUUGAAAAAUAUGUAAAAAUAAAAUUUUAAUAUAAUCUAUUAAAUAUAUACAGAUAUAUGUAAAUAUGUCAAUAUGGUCUUAACUAACUUUAAGUAAAAUCACAUUUAAUAUAUAUUUUUUAAUCGAAUAAGCUAUUUAAAACCCGUUAAACUAAAUUAGUUUAUAUGAAUAUUUAUUUUUAUUAAAAGUUCACCUAAAUCCGUUAAACCCUAUUUUAAUAUCAUGUACUUUGUUAAUUGAUAAACUUAAUGUAUAUGUAAAACAUUUAAAAUUUAAAUAAAUUAAUGUCUUGUUUAAUAAAUCACAAUUUCUUAGGCUGAGAUGUAAGUUAUGUUAAUUUACUAUGAUAAUGAUUUUUGGAAAAAUUGGUGUUCAGUUGUAUUGUUGCUAUAAAACAUAUGUUAAAUAUGAUUACAGACUUUAAGUUGAAAUGCUUUUAUAUACUUUGUUGAUAAAGUUUUUUUCAUUAAAUGCUUUUAUAUCGAUGUAAACAGAUUUGAAUAAUACAUGGCUGGAACUGAAUAGAGUAAUAUAUAAAAAUUCGCUUCAAAUAUUUUAAUAUAUAAGAUUAAAUUUUUUGUCAACUAAUAUAAAUUAUAGGGCAAUUCUCUCAAAUAGCUAUUUUUAAGUUUUUUGUCAUAAAAAUAGUUCUAAAAAAUGACCAAAAUAACCUUUUUUAUUUCAAAAGUUUUAAUUUUUUAAUUUAUUUUUUUAAUUUGAAACCCUAUUCUCAAAACCCCACCCUUUAACUUUAAACCCUAAGUCUAGAUUAGUUAACCAUAUGGUAAAAAUAUAUUUUUUAUCUUUUAAUAAAACUUAUUUUAAUCAUUUUCUUUAUUGAGAACUAUUUUUGUGACAAAAACUUGAAAAAUGUUAUUCUAGGAAAUUUCUCUAAAUUAUAUAUACCAUUAUUAUUAGGCUUGUGUAAAACUGUAAAAAGUAAAAAGCAGUUUUAAUAUUUUUAUUUUCGGAAUAAACUAAUAUUUUUCAACAGAAACAAAUCAAAUUUAUUUGUUAUAAUUUGUAAUUUUGUAUUUUGCUUGUGUUUUAAUCUAUUCUUAUUUUUUUACAUAGGUAAAGAUAUUAGAUGAUAAGAAACUCGUUGUCAAUCAUAUUGUUUGGGUCGGUCAGUGAAGAAUAAGAUUACUUAGCAUUAAUUAUUAAAUAUAUAUUUGUCGACCAAAUAUUAUGCAUUUAUUUCUUCUACACACAGAUAUUAUGUACCGUUAACUAUAAUAUGUAUAUUAGAGAAGUGGAUCCGAGAACUUUGGAAUCACAACGGAGGUUACAAAAUAUUUAUGUAAACGUUAUGCUCAAACUAUUACGGAGUGGUGGUUACUUUGGAAAAAAAAUAUCACGUGGUGGUUACUUUCAAAAAUUAAAAAGGCAUUGCAGUUAUCAUAUAAAAAAUAUGUAUUGUUGAAAUAAUUGUUGGACUCUAUUUUUAUCAAUGGAUCACACUGCUGUUUUAAUAGAAUAGAUUUUAACAUAAAAUCCAAGUUAAUAUACUGGAGAUACGGGAUUAGGUUGGACCUAAUGGGCUAGAAACGUAAGAUUAGAUUCUAAUGGGCCUAUAAUGGAUACGUCGUUUGACUUUGGUCUCUCGUAUACUCGUAUUAAAGUUGUCUUCAUGGCCUCUAGUAUAAAUCUUUUUGCCAAUGGUCCCUCAUGUAUUUAAUACUCUACAUUAGUCUAAAGUUUAGUUCAGUUCAGAAUCUGUGAACCAAAACAAAGGAAUAAUUGUUACUGUUAGUUGUUUCAAAAAAAAAAAAAAAAAAAAAAAAAAAAAUUGUUACUGUUAGCUGCAAGUUUAUUUUCGCUAAGAUUAUGAUGAACCACGCAAACGAUAUAAUUCGAAUAUUCAAUGUAGUUAUUUUGUCGACUAAGGUCGUAGAAAAGCACAUACUGACACAAACAGUAAUGUAAGAUUUACGAAACAGAAACCUCCAUUAUAUAUACGUCGAUGAUAAAUAAAAUUUUAACUUAUUUUGACAUCAUAUACUCAUAUAUAUAUAAUUUCCCCCGAUGACCUAGUUUUUAGUAGUAUAAUGCAAAUUGAAUGUCCACAUAACAGAAUAAUAAUUCAAUGAAAAAAACUAAUACAAUUUGGAUACUUGAGGUGAUUUUUUUAUAUAUAAUAUUUGGGUUGGAACGUAAAGAUUAUAAUAGACUAUACAUAUAUCCUAAUUUUUUUUCAGAUUGCUAUACAUGUCAAUGAAAAUGACAUAUAUCAUUAUACGAACAGGCGGCAACGUCAAACCGUCAUGUAACCGUCUAUUCCUCUCCUUCCAGAACUCAUAGAUAGCGGCCUGCCACACUUGAAGAAUUGCCAAUUUAACCAUAGAAUCCGAAUGGGCAUUAGGGAGCCAUAGCAAGAUAUCAGCCCACACCAGGGGCACUGAAGGCAAGUAAAAAAACUUGUCUAUGCCUUGUUUUUUUUUCCCUAACUCUAACUUUAAUCCAAAGCAUUUUUAUUUCUUUAUUUUGUGUUGAAUUAAGAUUAUAUUUUCAAUCAAAAAUUUUGAAUAGUAAAAAUAUCUGAUUUUCUAUAUGUUUCCCUUUAAUAUGGAUUUUGCUUCAAUUUUUUAUUAUUAUGUUAAAAACAAUUAUUCAUAGCAGUAUUGCAAUCUAAUAAUACAGGCUCACUUGUACAUUUUAUAUUUUGUUAACUGGUUUAAACUUCUAACAAACAAUGGAUUCAUCUUAUGUAUGUAAAUGAUUAACUAUACUAACUACUAGUUUUUGAGUAGUAUUUCUCGGUAACAGUUUAUUAAAUUUAUUGUUUUGUACAUUUAAAGUAAAUUUAAAUCUAUCUAUUAAAUGCGAAACAACUUAAAUAAUAUACUUAACAUUUAAAAUAAUUAAAAUUAAAAUAAUUAAAUUAAUAAAUUAGACUAAAUGAGUUAUACGAUUAUUCAAUUUUAAUUUAAAAUAAUUAAAUUAAUAUCACAGAUUAUGGCAAGUGAGUAUAAAAUUGACUUUCUUUAUUAAGCAAGUUGCCUAAUCAUGAAAAGCAAAAUAACAUACUAUGACGUAAAAAGUGGAGUCCUCAAAGGUUCAUAACAAAUAAUUAUAUACAACAUAUUUUAUAAAUAGAAUAUUGCAAAAAUAAAAGAUGCUUUGAUGACAGAACAAGCACAACGCUUUGAAGAAGGGGACCGAUGGAUCCAAACAAAUUUCAAAUCGUUUAUCUAUUAACCAAUUGUUUUAACAAAAUACUAAUAGUUAGUUAAUUCCUUUAUUUGCCAUUUAAAGAAAUCGUAUACUAUUUAUGAUCAUAAACUCAACAAUAAGAACUUCACAAUAAAGCAAACAUAUAAUACUUGCAAAUUGCAUAAUGGAAACUUGUUUAGAAAUGUUUGUGUUUUUAUCUCAUGAAAUCUCAAUCGACUUCCAAAAUAAUAUAUUUUUUGGAUUUGUAAAAAUGAAAUUUAUUUAUGCAAGUGCUUCAGCUCAAACUUAGAUAGUUAAUGAAUCACAAGCUAAAAAAGAAGUUUGUCGACAAGCACAUAUUAUUCUAAAACAAACUCACUAACUCUUUGUUUAAUCAUCUCGGCAAUCAUUAUUUACUGCCUCUCUUAUUAGCGUUAUGCUUUAAACUUGGAUUUAUUUGUCUUUUAGCCUGUAAGUGACCUGUCAAAAGAGAGAAUAUUUGCCCUUCCCAACUCACCUCUUAUUAUUUAUAGGUAAUGCCCAUUACUUGAUUGAAAGCUCUCUUCUUUAUACUUUUGGCUAACUCAUCAAGCUCUCUCUUUGCUUUAAAUCAGCAUCAUAUCGAUAUGUAUGCUAUAUAUUGAUUAAUGCCACUACGUAGAGUUUGCUUUGAAUAAAUGGGGAGAAAACCUUGCUGCGAAAAAAUUGGAUUGAAAAGAGGUCCAUGGACUAUAGAAGAAGAUCAUAGACUCAUGAACUUCAUUCUUAACAAUGGCAUCCAUUGCUGGAGAGUCGUCCCCAAACUUGCAGGUUUGUUGAGAUGUGGGAAGAGCUGUAGAUUGAGAUGGAUUAAUUAUUUGAGACCUGAUCUCAAGAGAGGUGGUUUCACUGAUGCUGAAGAAGAUAGGAUUAUGGAACUUCACUCUCAACUUGGCAAUAGGUGGUCUAAAAUUGCCUCACAUUUCCCUGGUCGAACGGAUAACGAGAUAAAGAACCAUUGGAAUACGAAGAUCAAAAAGAAGAUGAAACAUCUUGGUUUAAAUCAGGCUGCGCAUGAACCAAUACAUAGUAUCACCAGCCGAACCGAAUCUAAGCAGAUAACAAAUCCAAACAUGUCUUCUACCAUCAAAGAAAAAGAAGAAACCAAGGAGCAACCAAAAGUUGAUGUUAUAAUAGAAACAACGAAACCGUUAAUAGUAUCCAAUAAUGAUGAAGAAAUUCAGGCAGAAAACUGCAAAACUUUAUAUGCAGAAGAAGUAGACAUCGGAUCUCUAUUCGCAAUGCAAGACAACGAGAUAUCUAUCUCGUCUUCUUCGUUCUCUUCUUUAUAUAGUAAUAUUUCAAGAAGUGAAUCUUCAUCAUAUCUUGCAGGAGAUUCAAUCUCUUUAGAGCAAUGGGACUUGGAUAUGACGGACCCUUUGGUGCCUUGGGACCUCUUCACCAAUCUUGAUGAUACGCUUUUCCUUUAUGACAAAAUGUGAUAUUACAUUGUAGCAUAUCUAUAAAAUAAUUGUCAUAAGUAAUUAGUAUCUUCAUUUCAUGUAUGUAAGAUUGGAUCGGAGUAUGCAUGGCGUGCAAUAAUGUAUUAUAAUUUUCUCAUACAAUAUGUAUCAUGUAUGCAUAUAUAUAGUGUCAUAGUGACGAUAUAUUUCUCGUAUUAAUUAGUAGCUAUAAUGUACUUUUUAGUUUUAUCGGUAAGACCGUAAGUAACUAUCACCAUUAUCGUAGUAAUUUUCAAAUAGUUGUUCCUAGUUUUUUUUUUUUGUCACAAAGUUGUUCCUAGUUAUAUAUCAAGUUCCAUACAAUUCUACUAAAUUCUUGCAACACUUCCAAUAAAAACAGGAAACAUAUAUAUAACAAAACCAAUCCCACCUCCCACAUGUGCGGGCACAAUAAGUGUUGCUUAGUAUGCUUACAUUAAUUUAUAUAUGUAUAUAUAAAUGCGUUUAUAGUUUGGUGAAUUAGGUCAAUGCGGCCUUUCAUCUAUUAAAAGAAACAUUUACGGGGAAAGCAUAUAGAAGAAACAUAUACUAAACAAAACUUGUGAAAAUGACUUUAAUCCUUUUAAAAGAAAGAAGAAAAAAACUAAUGAAACAAUUGGCCCGUUUGAGAAUUAACAAUGAGUUCCAAAAUAAAUUAUACCUACCUACUUUUCAAAAAAAAAAAAAAACAAUUGUACCUACUUCAUUCGAAGCAGGCAAAUGAUUUAAUUUUGUUUUGUAUAAAUGAAUUAAGUAAUCACAUCUGCUAAAAUUUCGAUAACUAAUAAUAUUUUCUUAAGAAUAUUUGAUUUCGGACCAAAAUAAUCAAGAAUAAAAUAUCUGUUUACACUUUUAGAUCAUGGUGAUCAUAGUUGUUGGGAUAAAAGACAAUGACGACAAUGUUGCUUCCGUCAAGUGUUUGGAAUUUUGCAAUUAUUGAAUUAAUUACUAUGAUUAUGUUAUUAUAGUUUUCUUUAAAACUGAGUGCGAUUAAUUAAUUAAACUCCGUGUGUAAACGAAUAAUUUUUUUUGUAAUAAUAGUAAGGGCAUCUCUAACUCCUCCAAUGGUACUCUAUUUUCUACUCUAUAGUAGUGUAAAAUUACUUUUUACUAAUUUUUUUAUUUUUUAUUCAUCACUCUAGUACCAUUGGAGCAACAUCCAACUCUAUUAUAAAGUUACUCUAAAAAAAGAAGAAUAAACCAUUAGAGAUGGUCUAAAACAUUAAAAAAAUUUGGAAGCUAUGUCACAUUUAAGUGUAUAUUUUAAAAGAAAUUUUAAGUGUUAUUUGUUUAUUUAAAUGGUAAUUAUGAAAACAGUGGUAUGGAAUGAAAAACAAAUCUAUGUGUUUUCUUAAUGUCAAACAAUCUCCACUAGGUAUAUUAAGAAAAGAGAGACUAGACUCACAAAUAAAAGUUUAUAUAAAACUAUACAACUAGCAAAUAUAUGAGCUCUAAUUUUUUUUUUAAAAGAAUACGAAAUUACCAUAGAAGCAGCAAACAUAAACAAGCUAAUUUGAACCUAAAUCUAACACUGACACUAAGCUACAAGAGAUAAC